AUGAAUCCUUUAAAUUAUUCGUUAAAAGACACAAAUUUGUCUGGAAAAGUUGUGAUUUUAACGGGCGUGAAUGAUGGAAUUGGAAAAAACCUGGCACGUCACAUCUCAUCAUUCAAACCAAAACGACUUAUUCUCCCAGUUCGUGAUCGUUCCUCUGGCGAUUGCGUGCUCGACUAUAUACGCGCGAGAACAGGCGAGGAUAGUGCCGAAAUAUGGGAUAUGGAUUUGGAGGAUUUUGACAGCGUGCGAAAGUUUGGACGAAGAAUCGUCGAUGAAAUUGGAGAGGCACAUGUGUUAAUUAACAACGCCGAAGUAUGGUCAAAGAAGCUGAGUAAAACCAAAGAUGGGCUAGAGAAACAAUUUCAGGUCAAUUAUCUCGGACACUUUUUAUUGACAAAUAUUCUGAUUGAAACUCUUAAAAAAUCGGGAACGCCUGAAUUUCCUGCCCGAGUUGUACACAUUUCUUCGUCAUUAACUCGUCGCGCUGUUAUCGAUGUAGAAAAUUUUGACGGGUCAAAGUCAAACAAAAAUAUAGUAUUUAGCUACGAACUGAAUCGUCGUCUAGCUCAGACAAAUGUUGUAUCGAUCGUCACUUGUCCGGGCCUCAUAAAAACACAUUUAAACCAGUUAAACGGCAUCCACCAAUUCUGGAAAACAAUCUCCAUAAAAUUCAACGGCCAAAAAAUCGCGCAAAAAUCCUCAUUCAAUGUUCUAUAUCCAAUUUUCUCGCCAGAUAUUCAAAACAACCGAGGACUAUGUUUUGAGAACGGACGCAUCGCGAAAGCUGAUCCGAAAUCUGAUGAUGUGGGAUUGGGAAAAGAGUUGUGGGAGGUGUCAGAUGGGAUUGUGCAGUCCGUUUUGAGAAGAUAUGGAAUUCCGGAUGGUGAAAUAUAA